ACUGCAUUCACCGAAACCAAAGCAACAGUCGGAGGAGCUUUCAGAAUGACAGUACGCAGAAGUGAACACUGCUUGUUCAUUGAACAGGGUCAUCCUGGCUUCUGUGCUCCAACGCAGUUUCCUUAGCUGGAUCGGGAGUGCUAACUAUGAGAACUGCUGCCCAAUGGAAUACAGACGGGUGAAUUCAGACAGCUGAGCAUCACUUGGAGGAAUCUAUCAUGCUUUGCACGGGGAGAUUUUAAAGAAGCUCGUUUCUAAAUGUAAAGAUGCAAAAACGCACCAUCCAUGAAGAUCCUAUUACCUAGGAAGAACUUGACAUUCUGCUGCAAAUGCUGUGUUGGGAUUUAUUUAUUCUUGGGAUGUUCUGCAUGGCUGGCAAAGAAUAAUGUUCCAAAAUCGGUCCAUCUCCCAAGGGGUCCAAUUUUUCUUCCUGGGUGUCAGCAAGCCCUGACUCACCACAGAGCAGCUGACAGGGGCUGUCAUGCUUGUGGCACCCUAAGCAAAAGCAAAAGACCUAACGACGACCUUUGAAAACACAAAGGAUGGGUUUCAAUGUAUUUAGGCUACUGAGCGGAUCAGCUGUAGCCCUGGUAAUAGCCCCUACUGUAUUACUGACAAUGCUUUCUUCUGCUGAACGAGGAUGCCCAAAGGGCUGUAGGUGCGAAGGCAAAAUGGUAUAUUGUGAGUCCCAGAAAUUACAGGAGAUACCCUCAAGUAUAUCAGCUGGUUGUUUAGGUUUGUCCCUCCGAUACAACAGCCUCCAGAAACUAAAAUACAAUCAGUUUAAAGGUCUUAAUCAACUCACCUGGCUCUAUCUAGACCAUAACCACAUCAGCAAUAUUGAUGAAAAUGCUUUCAAUGGAAUACGCAGACUAAAAGAGUUGAUUUUAAGUUCCAACAGAAUUGCCUAUUUUCUUAAUAACACCUUCAGACCAGUAACAAAUCUUCGGAACUUGGAUCUGUCAUAUAAUCAGCUGCAGUCUCUGGGAGCUGAACAAUUCAGGGGCUUAAGGAAGCUGCUGAGUUUACAUUUGCGGUCCAAUUCCCUGAGAACAAUCCCUGUCCGAAUUUUCCAGGACUGUAGGAACCUCGAACUCUUAGACCUGGGCUACAACAGAAUCCGAAGCUUAGCAAGGAAUGUCUUUGCAGGCAUGAUCAGGCUGAAAGAGCUUCACUUGGAGCACAAUCAAUUUUCUAAGCUUAACUUGGCUCUUUUUCCAAGGCUAGUCAGCCUCCAGAACCUUUAUUUACAGUGGAAUAAAAUCAGUGUUAUAGGACAAACGAUGUCCUGGACCUGGAGCUCAUUACAAAGGCUUGAUUUAUCUGGCAAUGAAAUAGAAGCUUUCAGUGGACCUAGUGUUUUCCAGUGUGUGCCCAAUUUACAGCGUCUCAACCUGGAUUCCAAUAAGCUCACAUUUAUUGGUCAAGAGAUUUUGGAUUCUUGGAUAUCUCUCAAUGACAUCAGCCUUGCUGGGAAUAUAUGGGAAUGCAGCAGGAACAUUUGCUCCCUGGUAAACUGGCUAAAAAGUUUUAAAGGGCUGAGGGAAAAUACAAUUAUCUGUGCCAGCCCCAAAGAGCUGCAAGGGGUGAACGUUAUUGAUGCAGUGAAAAAUUACAGCAUAUGUGGCAAAAGUACUACAGAGAGGUUUGAAUUGCCACAGGCUUUCCCAAAGCCAACCUUUAAACCCAAAGUCAUCAGGCCUAAGCAUGACAGCAAGCCCCCUCUGCUCCCCACCGUCGGGUCCACAGAAGCCAGCUCAGAGCCUGAGCACGACACAGAACACAUCUCUUUCCACAAAAUCAUAGCAGGGAGUGUGGCCCUUUUCUUGUCUGUGCUUGUGAUCCUGCUGGUAAUCUAUGUGUCGUGGAAGCGGUACCCUGCCAGCAUGAAGCAGCUGCAGCAGCGCUCUCUCAUGCGAAGGCACAGGAAGAAGAAACGACAGUCGCUGAAGCAGAUGACUCCAACCACGCAGGAAUUUUAUGUCGAUUAUAAGCCAACUAACACCGAGACCAGUGAGAUGCUGCUGAACGGGACGGGACCCUGCACAUAUAGCAAAGCAGGCUCCAGGGAAUGUGAGAUACCUUUAUCUAUGAACGUGUCAACAUUUCUUGCAUAUGACCAGCCUACAAUAAGUUACUGUGGUGUACACCAUGAACUUCUCGCUCAUAAGCCCUAUGAAUCUAAUGCACAGGAAGAAACAAUGGAAACACACUUAGAGACUGAUUUGGAUCUGAGCACAAUCACAACGGUAGCACGAAAUCAGUGAUACAUUCAGUGGCCUGAAAUACAGCCAAGAGUUGCCACCAUUUUUUUUUUCACAUGAAGGAUGAAAUGAAGAUUUCUUCAGUAAUGGAUUCCAAAAUUCCUGUUCCGUUGAAAUUUACACAUUCAGAUACAGAUUGUUUGAUGUCUACAAUUUAUAAUUAGCUAAGUUGUGCAGUAUUUUUUGACUUUAAAAACAGAGUACAAUCCUUAAAAUAAAUCUUUUUUCAAAACUCAUCCUACCUACCUGUAAAAAAACAAAACUGUACAGAUCUAAUGUAUUUUUUCAUAUUGUAAAGUUUCAAUAUACUGAGAUGUACUGGUAUGUACAGGACCAUGAUUUAUUUACAUUUUACUUUGCAAAUUUCAGUUUCUAAAAUUUUAAAUUAACAAAAGUUUUAUCUUGUGUUAUAUUCAGAGUUUCUCAGUUUUGUAGAAACUGUUUUGUUACUGCUUUUGUGCCCAGAAAGAAAACUUCACUCUGAAAUUCUUUGCUGUGCAAAAUCUGCACAUCUGUUAUCACACUGACUGCGCAGGAAAUUCUAUCUAUUUGUUCCAGAAAUUAUCCAUUAACCAAAUGGAGGGGUGGAUUGUACAAGAUUACAGAGACAAAAUUUUUUCCUAUUAAAAAAGAAUCAAAGUUUUUUUAAAACAGUUCUCAGAAUUAACUGUUGCCUUGUAUUGCAGCCUGGUUUGUAAAGCAAUGAAAUGUAAUGAUAAAGAGGGAUAUUUUAUCAACGCA